GGUCUCUCAUCUGGUGGGAUUUGUUUUAGGGUUCUGAUUAGGGUUUCUUAUUUGAUUCGUAGUAGUUCUUUCUUUGUGUGCACGAUGGGUGAAAGAAAAGGCUUAAACAAAUACUAUCCACCAAAUUUUGAUCCGAGGAAGAUUCCCCGGAUUCGAAAACCUAAGAAUCAGCAAAAGAAGUUUCGAUCGAUGGUUCCGUUACGUAUUCGAUGCAACACGUGUGGGAAUUACAUGUCGGCAGGUACCAAAAUUAAUUGCCGUGAAGAAAAAGUAAUCGGAGAAACCUACUUAGGGAUCAAAAUCCAUAGAUUUUACUUCAAGUGCAGUAAGUGUUGCUCCGAGCUGAUAUUGAAGACCGAUUCAAAGAAUUCGAGUUAUGUAGUCGAAUCAGGUGCAACUGCAACUCGUGUUUGUGAUCAUCACGAGGAGGAGAAGCAAGCCGAGGAGAGUGGGGAUGUGAUGAGUUCUUUAGAGAAGAGAACUUUGGUUUCUAAAAGAGAGAUUGAUGUUAUGGCUGCGCUUGAUGAGAUGAAAUCUAUGAAAUCUAGACGCGUAUCGGUGAGUGUAGACUCUAUGCUUGAUGCUUUGAGUAGGAGACACAAAGAAGAAGAACAAGUUGCAAACGAGGAAGAUGCUGCGUUGAUAAAGUCUAUCAGAUUUGGUAUGCAGAGGAGGAUUGUCGACGAAGAAACCGAUGAGAUGAAGGAGAAGAAGAAGAAAGGAAGAAUGGAGGCAAUAGAUGAGAAGAAACCUAAGACUAAGAAACUUGCUUGCAUAAUAACCUCGAAGAAGAAGACAAGUUUGGGACUCGCAUCACUAUGCCACAACUAUGGUGCUGAUGAAGAAGACUGAUUUAGGUUUGUUGAAUCAAAUCAAGAUUCAUGU